UUUGUGAAGGCUUUAAUAGUAGUCAAAAUCAAUGUCCUGUUAGUGAUGGAACACAACAAACAGUUCAACCAAUUGUCCAAAAUGGCGGCUCCGCCGAGAAAAUUCAAUGAAAAAAUAGCAUUAUUACAUGCAAAAGAAAUGGAAGAUGCGGCUGCCUUUGAAAGUGUCAUGGCUGAUGUAAAAAAUAUCACUAGACAGCAUAAUAACUCGAUGAGGUGCUACCAAGCAGGGGAUGGACUCCAGGAAGCCGUCAAUGAUCUUCAUUCUCUGAAGAAAGAAGUUUACUCCUCCUCUCCUCACGCCACUGCAACCACAACUACAUUAAACAACAGUCAUUCUCGCCAUCAUUCACCUCAUCACCCACAUCAUCCACAUCACCAUCAUCCACACCAUCCACAUCCUCACCACCGCAACUCCACAUCACCCAUCGGCAGGAUCAGCGGGCCAAGCAAAAGUGGGUUUGGUGGGGGUGGGUCCCCUGUCAACCACCCACCAACCCACUUGUCUCCCCCACCAGACAGUUUGCCCCGCAGUAAUUCAGUGCCAUCACUCCACCAGCACAUGGUGGCCUACCCAACCGUACAGCCGCUGGAGGGCAACCAUCUUCUGGGUGUUCCAUACAGACCUAAGAGCAUGCUUGACGUGUCACCCCACCAACACAGGUGA